AUGUCCACAGAAGAAUCCUCUGCAAGUGCGUCUGCUACACCAACAAACGAAUUAGAAAAACAUCAUGGUGAUGAUGAUGAUGGCAAUCAUAAUGACAAUAAUGAAACCGAGAAUCACAAAGACAUUGAUUUCUUGCAAGCCAAAUGCUCGCUCCUCAAAAAUCAAUUAGCCUUCUUACGAAGCCAGCAGAAACAAAAGAAAGAACAACGCAAGAAGGAAAAGGGAGAAAUCGUUUCCACCUUCAAGAGCAUGAAGGGAUACAUUGACAAUUUGGAACGCGAAAACAAACAAUUCAAGGCCUUGUUGGCACCAU